CCUUCUUCUCCUCCUCUUUCUCCUCCUCCUUGGGGGGUGGGGGUGGGGUGGAGAAUCAGAAGAGAAGAGAGACACCAUCCACUACUGCAAACGCAAAGCCUUUUUUUUUUUUUUGGCCAGCGUCUAUAAGCGACGCACGCAUACACACCACAUACAAAUACACACAUACACGCACGCAAGAAGAUUGUGUUGUCUUUUUUCCCCUUUGGAGAAAAAAGGGAGAGUAAAAGAGAGGGCAAAAGGGAAGAACUCAUCUGACCGAGAGAGGAUUUUCAUUUCGCAGCUGCUGCAUUCGGACCGAGCUCUCUCCUCUCCUCUGCCUUGCCCCCUCCCUCUCCCUUUCUCUGCGUGUGUAUGUGUAUAUGCGUGUGUGUAUGUAUGCACACACCGGGGACAUUGAGAGACUUUUAGACACUAGAUCUGAAAACACCGCCUCCGCCGCAGCGACAGGAAGAAGGGGGGAAAAAUCACCAUCAUCACCAUCAUCAUCAUCAUCACCAACAAAUAAAGAUCCAAAAGGAGAAGAGGAGAGGCAGAGUGAGAAAGAGGGUCGCUCGUCAAUGUGAUCCUUUUUUUUUUCUUCUUAAAGACAACUUUGGCUGCGUGACGCGUCAAGGGAGCUGCAAGGGCUAAAAGGACAGGGUGCCCGGCGCCUCCCUAUAAAGCGGAGCCCAGCGAGUCACGACUCGGCAGCAGCACUGGCUGCCUCGAGGAGAAACUGUGUUUUCUUUCGCUGGGAGGACGCUCAGGUGUGUGUCCUGAGGACCCGCUACAGCACGGAGACUGUGCUGGAACAUUUUAUGCCUUCCUUCUUUUCCAAGUUGAAUUAAGCCCUCUCUCCUCACCUUGGCGGCUCUGGGACUAAAAUAUUUUUUCUUUUCUUAAUUUUUUUUUCUGUUUUGUUUUUAAGCGAGGGCUGCGGGGGUGGCAAAUCCUAAGAGAAAUGAAGAGAAAGCUACAGAUUUCGAUUUGCUCUGAAGGACCCAGUUGGAUGUGACCCCCGUUGCUUGCCUUCUCUUCCCCUUACCUCCCCCUCCAGUCCCGAAGCAGCUCGGGCCGUUGCUUCCCCUCCCCAAAGCCCCAGGCCGGUUCUCCUCUUUUUGCUUCCCUUCCCCCCUUUCCCCCGUGAUCUGUUGCCUUCCCUCCAUCUCACCCCCUCCCCCUUCCCCUCCCCGCCCCGGGUUCCUCCCGUGCGCGCUUUCCUUCGCUUCGCUUCUCCCCACGUCCUCCUCCCCUUCCUCCCCAAGCAAAGAACUGCCGCCGAGGCUACAUACUCCCUGCCCCUCACCCCAACCAGCCUUCCCCUUCCCCCAGCCCCCCCCCCACCCCAGCCCUCCACUCCGGGCGCUUAGCAGUCAGCGCGGGGAGGAGGACCAGAGCUUUGGGGGGCGGGGGAGGGCGCGCGUUGUAUCCCCGGCUCCCUUUCUGCGCCCUCCUUGCGCACCAUGGACGGGCUGCCCGGGAGGGCGCUGGGAGCCGCCUGCCUUCUGCUCCUGGUAGCUUGCUGGCUGGGUCCAGAGGCCUGGGGCUCGCCGACACCUCUGCCUUCUCCGGCUGCCCCGCCGGGAGCUGAGGGCGCCCCCCCAGACACUUGCACGUCGUGUGGCUUCAGGCGCCCAGAGGAGCCGGGCAAAGUGGACGGCGACUUCUUGGAGGCGGUGAAGCGGCACAUUCUCAGCCGGCUGCAGAUGCGGGGACGCCCCAACAUCACCCACGCGGUGCCUAAGGCCGCCAUGGUGACCGCCCUGCGCAAGCUGCAUGCGGGCAAGGUGCGUGAAGACGGCCGAAUGGAGAUCCCGCACCUCGACGGGCAUGCCAGCUCGGGCUCAGACGGUCAGGAACAGGUGUCAGAGAUCAUCAGCUUCGCUGAGACAGAUGACCUCGCCUCCUCCAGGGUCCGCCUGUAUUUCUUUAUCUCCAACGAAGGCAACCAGAAUCUGUUUGUGGUGCAGGCCAGCCUGUGGCUAUACUUGAAAUUGCUGCCUUACGUCCUGGAGAAAGGCACCCGGCGCAAGGUCCGGGUCAGGGUCUACUUCCAGGACCUGGACCGCAGCGACAAGUGGAACGUGGUGGAGAAGAAGGUGGACCUCAAGAGAAGCGGCUGGCACACGUUCCCCCUGACCGAGGCCAUCCAGGCCCUGUUUGAGAAAGGGGAGCGCAGGCUCAACCUGGAGCUGCAGUGCGAGGGCUGCCAGGAGCUCGCCGUGGUCCCUGUCUUCGUGGACCCCGGGGAAGAAUCCCACCGCCCCUUCCUGGUGGUGCAGGCCCGGCUGGCGGACAACAAGCACCGCAUCCGCAAAAGGGGGCUGGAAUGUGACGGCAGGACCAAUCUCUGUUGCAGGCAGCAGUUUUUUAUUGACUUCCGACUCAUUGGGUGGAAUGACUGGAUCAUUGCGCCCACGGGUUACUAUGGGAAUUACUGUGAAGGGAGCUGCCCGGCCUACUUGGCCGGAGUCCCAGGGUCAGCUUCCUCUUUUCACACCGCGGUGGUGAAUCAGUACCGAAUGCGAGGGCUGAACCCAGGGACCGUGAACUCCUGUUGCAUUCCAACCAAACUCAGCACAAUGUCAAUGCUGUACUUUGACGAUGAAUACAACAUUGUGAAGAGGGACGUUCCCAAUAUGAUUGUGGAAGAAUGUGGCUGUGCUUGAUUGAAGGGGUGGGGAAGCUGGGGUGGGGGGAGAACGUUCCCAGACUAGAUCCUUCCAGACGGCAGCGUCCACAGAGUGGGGUAUGGCCAUUUCACUGGGUUGCAAAGAUGGUGCCGGCUUGUGAAUGUUGGACAUUUCAAUGCUGCCAGGAGAAAGAGGGAGAGGGAGAGCGAGAGGGGAACCCAUGAAUGAAAUGAAAUACCUUAGAAUGCACACACACAGACACACAGACACACAGACACACAGCCACCCACUGAGCAGCUUCCAGAAUACUAGCAAACGGAUACAGUGACAAAUGGCAACCUAUCUAAAAACGCCUGUCAGUCCGAGCGAAUGGGUAAGCAGCCGUUAUUCCCACCAGCUGUCCAAGCUGAACUGAAAUGAGUUCUCCAUGCUCACAGAAAAGCACAAAGAGAGAGCGCUCGGGGACGCCGGGGAGAGCGGGGACCAGGCGGGAGGGGGGUGGGGGCAGCGCCAGCUACCUUUUCUUCUGGGUUUCGGGAAGUCACCGUCACCCUUUACCUGCUCCCGAAGGUGACGGCUUCCUCUCAGUGAUGCUGAGAAUCACGGCUAUGCAUCUCUUCCUGCAACCCUUGCAGAGAGAGAGGGAGAGAGGGAGGCUCAGAGAGAAUACGGUCAGGCAGAGGCAACGCCGGUGUGACUUGUGCUGUUCCCUGACUCGUCACCCAGAUGAGAUUGGGGGGUUGGGGGGUGGGGUGCAGAGGGAGUGUGUGGGGGGUGGGAAGUGGGGAGACACGUUAUUCGAUGCUUUAACUGAUUACAGAAGGAGUUUGUUGAUCAAUAUGCCAGUUGUGUAAACGGGAAAGGGGUUUUGUCUCCCUCGUCUAGUCGGUUAAAAAUCUGAACUGUUCUAAGUUGGGGGAUUCCAAGUUGCCAUCUGCGUUCUUGGACGGGGCCUGGCGAGCAAAAGCCCUCGGUGGCCCGUGAACCUAUCCGUGGUCCCCCAAAGCAGAAGUGGCAUGAUGGAUGGAUGCAUGCGUGAUCAGAGCACACAGUGUGUUGUUUCACCUAGUGUCUGCAGAGAAGCCCAGUUGUAACUGGUCUUGGAAGGGAGGAGCAUGAUUGCUUUCGGUUUCCUCACGGGGAGAUGUCUACCAUGGCCAAGAAGUUCAGAAAACACCAAUGUGUAGCAUAGCACUUGCAGACCAGCCUGAAGGCCCACUCUGUAGCCGGUCGCUGAUCUCCAUGUCUUCAGAAGUGGUACUUGAUGCGUUUAUCUUGGCUCACUAUCUAGUUAAACAAGGGCCACCUGAGCUAUGCAAUUUAAAGUGUUGACCCAUAUUAGAUGAAACUGGACUUAAAAUAAUGACUUUUUAUAUUUUUUUAUACUUGAAAUGAAAUCUUUUGCUUCUUUUUUAAGCGAAUGAUUGCUUUUAAUGUUUGCACUGAUUUAGUUGCAUGAUUAGUCAAAAACUGCCAUUUGAAAAAAAAGAGUUAUUUUUAUAGCAGCAAAAAUGAAUACAGUUAAAUGUAUUAUACAUAAUUUUGGAACCAAAGAGGCCAACAUAUUAGUUAUGAUUUUUAUUAGAUGGCUAGGCCAUCACAUAGGAUGUAGACGUUCUGAGCAAUCCCUUGGGUGGCCUGCCAAUUAUUUCAGGGUACAAAUGGAUUUUGUUUAUUCAGUUCAAUGUUUUUUUCUAUACCAUACGCACACAGAAUGUAGAAAGAAAACAACUGUAGAACGGAGAUGUGCAUCCUUAAAUCCCCAAUUUUAUGUUUAUUUAAUAAAGUACCUUUUAGGUUCUGUUUCAUAAUAAUUUAAAACCAAACAAUUUUCACAUAGAUUUGCUGUUAAAGUAUUUUACAUUUGUGUACAGUUUAAGUAAAUAAAAAAAGCAAGAUUGAGAAUAA